UUUUCCAGGAAUUCAUUUUCUUUUCGUUGGUGGCUACUUAGCGCUAUUUGGUAUGGUGUGAGGUUAUACUUGCGAAACUUAUCAAUCAGUGAUUGUAUUACUAUUCAUCUUCAGCCCGGUGAGCUUGGUAACGGAGACGUGAAAGUUUCCUUGAAGGCCAUAAGUGUAAUGUGAAUUCUGAUUCUGAACUCUGGACUCCUGACACAUGACCAAAGAAUAAUCUUCGUCCGCAGCAAUUUCCCAUUUUGUCUGCUCAGAUAUUGAAGAUGAACGCGGCUGGCGUAUUGGUGUCGUGCAAUGAGGCUGGAAACAAAAUACCUCGGAGAUGUUCUGGUAUCCGUCUGAGUCGGAAUUGGGUCCUCACCACGGGAAGCAUCUUGAGCAGCUUUCUGCAAGAAAGCACUGACGAAAACCUGACGUACUGGAAAAAUGUAUCGGACGUAACAUACGAAGACCACCUAAUUCGUAUAAAAGACAGACCGUUCAUGGAAACUCGGGUCACCUUCUCAGUCAUCGCAUCAAAUGCGACCAACACAGCUAAUGAAAUUACUCCCACCAGUAAAUACUUGGGGUUUCAGGAGGAUACUUUGAUACCAGUACGGAACCAUCAAAAUAAAGUUAUGAAUUCUUUAGCAGUAGCUGUUGAUCAACCGUUGUCUUCGGAUACACAUGGCAAGCAUAAAGAAUUUAAAAGCAUUUUAAAAUACGCAUGGCGAAGUCAAUUUGUUUCACACGCAGUUGACACCAUGCUGUCUUCUUGGGUCGUGGGCAGUAUAUCAUAUAUUGAAAAUGAGAGUAGUAUUGAAAAAGAAUCUGAGAUUACAAAGAAUUUGUUAUCCUUGUUUCUGUUGCUUAAGCUCCAAACCGACGAUGAUGAAAGUUCUGAAGUAAGUGAAUACAGUGAACUUAUGGACAUUCUCCGCGAAAUGUUUGAAGUGGAAGAAGAGGUUUUGAGACGUGGUCAGAGUGUGCUUGUGGAGUCUACCCCAUUCGGAAACUAUUACUUCCAUAACUCGGUUAGUGAGGGCGUCGUCAGCAAUGUUUUUGGGCCUGGCCGCUGUCUUCUUUUGACUGAUGCAAGUACUGCACUCGGCUGCGAGGGAGGACCAAUCUCUGUGACUGUACAAAAAGAUGGAAAGCUGAAGCGUCGCUUGGUAGGGAUGGUGGUGUGCUCCCUCAGCUGGUGGCGCGGCGAAUGGGUCGGCUUUACUAUGGGAGUGGCACUACAGCCAAUUGUCCGCCGGCUGUUGUUUCCGGGUGCGCCCGUAACUAGCAGUCCCUCACUCGUACCAGCCGACACUUCUCCGGAUCAAUUAGCUGCAGUUGAUGAGUGCGUGGUUCUGGUGCGCUGUGGUGUCCAUUGGGGUUCUGGUGUCGUCGUGGGCUCGCGUGAUGGCAUUGUAUUGACUUGCUCCCAUGUUGUUCGCCAUGCACGAAAUGAUCAGGCGCAGGUCUACUGGAACAAUCGCGCGUACACCGCUAGCGUCUUGUUCCGGAGCAGAGAUGGCUUCGCUUAUGAUGUAGCCGUGUUGAGAACGGGACCGGGAGCAACCUUCCGCCCAGUAAAUGUUUCCAGUAAAGUGGCUGUUAAAGGGGAGCCUGUGAUCGCUGCGGGGUUCUCGCUCUUCUCAGAAGAUGAUAACGUCCGCCCCACGGUGACACGUGGCAUUGUGACCCUCGCGUCGAAUCCUAUGGCCAUGUUGCAGACAACUUGCUGCGUCCAGUCAGGUGCAAGCGGGGGCGCCUUAUUCAGGUAUACCGGCGACCUGGUGGGCCUCAUCUCCUGCAACAUUAUGGAUACCAGCACGGGGGCCCUAUUUCCGCGCAUCAACAUGGCUGUACCAGCGAGUGUAUUGGCCCAACCUCUGAAUGACUUCUUGCGUUCAGGCGACGUAACGUUUCUGUCUGGUAUGGAAAGCAAGGACCCAGAAGUACAGAGGCUUUGGAAACUCCAGAGUACGAUCAGCAAGCUGUAAGAAACGUGGACAAUGAGAGGGGCGUGCUUUUAAAAUAUUAACCACCAGUUAGCAUGCUAAACUGCAGAAUUUUUGUUAGUCUGCCUUCCAGAAUAGGAAAACAGCUAUUGAAGCCACCUGGAGCAGUGCACUUGCUUUGUAAUGUCUGAUCCAGGGCACCGUCUUCAUGUCUGAAAUUUGUGUGUAGACCUACCGGUUUGGCCAUAUCGGCUCCACUACACCACUGUGUUAGCCUUGAAAUAAGUCUCUGCAGUUCCAGGAUAAAUAAAUGACAUACAUCGUUAUAUUUGUUACUUGAUCGUAAUUUUACGUUAUUAAAAGUAAAAUUGUAUGAUAAAUUCCACGAAAUGUAUGUUUCGCUUUAAAUUGAGAGGUCAGAAAUUAAACAAUCUACAAGUUCUUGCAUUUCCAUUGUAUAUGAAUCCUGUAAUGUAAGUACUUCUAACAUUUUCCCUUGAACUAGAUUUAGUAGUAGUGAUGUAUUAUUGAAAUUGAAUCAUUCUUUUUUAAAGGAAAAUAUGUUCAGUAACAAUUUGUAUUUUUUUUUUCUGUGGCGCUACAUCCCCAAUUUUGGCCUAGGCCUACCUCCAUGA